AUGGUGACGCUCGACUCCAACGACCACUACGAACAUCUCGGCGUCCCCACCGGCUACUAUCAAGGCUCAUCGGCUGAGAAGACGAUCAACAAAAUGCACCAGUGCCUCGACAAGAUCCACAACUCGCUGCUCGCCCCCUGGCAGAAGGCUGAUGCCGUCAAAACCUUCAUCCUCCCGUGCAUCGGCUUCCACCUGAAGAACGGCCACGUCGAGAAGAAGAAGCACCUCAUCCCCUUCGACAAGAAGCUCAAGAAAUACGGCAAGAUGUGGCUGAACCUGCCAAGUCAAGCAAGCCCUGAAGUGCUCUACCUGCCGAACGAGAUGGGAGGACUCGGCUUCAUCCAGACGAAGACCCUCGCCGACGUGAUGCAGCUGGUGCAUGCUGUCCAGUUGUUGGAGUCGACUGAUCUCGGCCCAAUGACUGCUCAGCUGCUCCGUACGGCUGUACAGAAGAAGAUCAAGCGUGCGCCAACCGACUCCGAAGUGGCCGACUACCUGAACCAGAAGCUCGACGGUGCCUUCGAGACGUACUACGCCGACACCCGCAACAUGUGGACAAGAGUGCGACAAGCAACGGGACGGCUGGUCAAGACGGACAAGCUCGACGUGAAGUGGACCUGGGCCAACGACAAGAUCCAACUGCUCGUGCUCGGAUGUGGCGUCACCAAGAAGACGUGUGAGAAGAUGCUCAAGGGCGCCGUCCAUCAAGCUCAACUCGUUCACCUCACCGCCAAGAAGAUCCACAACCAUGCGAUCACCCUCCGUCACAAUGCCAUCGUCGACCGACUCAUCAACGCCAUCAAGUUGCCCGACACCACCACAAAAUACGUCAACGUCAAGAUCCCCGGCACGGAUGGUCAACUACGCCCCGAUCUCGCCCUCAUCGACCAUGUCAAGAAGCGUGUGACGAUCGUGGAUGUGACAAUGUCAUUCGAGAACUACGACCUGAGCGUCUUCGAAUCUGCACGUGACGGGAAGCUGCGCAAGUACGCCGACAUCUUCAACAAGUUCAACGCGGACGGCUACGACACGUUCCUGGGCGCCUUCAUCGUUGGUCCGCUCGGUGGAUGGGAUCAAGGAAACGAAGUAGUGCUGCGCCGCCUCGCCAUCUCGGUCAAGUACGCUGGUCUGAUGAAGAAGUUGAUGGUCGCCGACGCGGUACGCUGGUCCAAGGACAUCUACAUCGAGCACGUCUGCGGGCAACGUCAAUACCAAGCC